GUUUGCAACUGCUUAUUAAUUUAAAAUCUUUAAUCUUCAGGUUAAUGCAAAUAAAACUCGGCUCAGUGCGUUUGAAUCGAAUGAUUUCUUACCAAAGUUUGAAGCCAAACACAGAUUAGUUUUAAUGCAAAAUGGAGAAGUAUUUCGGAAUAUGCCUCGUUUUGUUAUUAUUCUUAAACGUAAAUUUUGGCUGUGAUGAUGGUUGGUUUGAGUAUAAAAACCAUUGCUAUUUUUUCCAAAAUAAAACAUUGAAAGGAAAAAGUUGGAAGAAUGCCUCUUUAUCAUGUCAGGUUAUGGGUGGAUCUUUGUUAAGUAUUGAGGAUAAAGCUGAAAAUUCUUUUAUUUUAAAUAUUCUUAAAGAUGAUAGUAUGCAAAAAGGUAGUUACUGGAUCGGACUCAAUGAUGAUUGCAAUAACAGAGAGUUUACGUGGUCGGAUAACAAAAAUCCGCAAUACUUUAAUUGGUUAUCUAAAAGACCCGACAAUGGUAAUACUGGGGAAAACUGUGUAGAAAUGAAUAAUAUUGGUUGGAAUGACAAUGAUUGUUAUGUCAAAAAUGGGUUUAUUUGUAAACUUGUAAAAGAAAAGAAUGAUUCUUGUGCCUAUGGUUGGUUGAAUUAUAAAAACUAUUGUUAUUUUUUCCAAAAAACAAAUGAAACAUAUUAUGGAAGUGAUUGGGAAAAUUCUUAUUUAUCAUGUCGUCUUAGAGGAGGAAAUUUAUUAAGUGUAGAGGAUCAAGAAGAAAAUUAUUUUGUUACAAACGUUUUAGAAAAUGAGAGUACGAAAGACCAUUAUUUUUGGAUUGGCCUUAAUUAUCGCAUGAGUCAUAAGAAGUUUGUCUGGUCUGAUAAUUUUAAGUGGGACCCAAAAAUACCUUUUGAGAGCAUAUUAAAGCUUACAAGUGCAGAAUCAUACUAUUUAAGUACAGAAAUAACAAGAUGUGUGGAAAUAAAUGCUGAUGGCUGGAAUGUUCAAAAUUGUUAUAAAACAAAUGGAUACAUUUGUAAAGUUAAAAGAGAAAGCAACAAUAGUUGCGCAAGUGAUUGGUUUGAAUUUGCUAGUUAUUGCUACUAUUUUCAGUCUGCAUAUGAUGGGAAUGGCAGAAAAUGGGAGCAUUCUUAUUUGAACUGCUUAGAAAAAGGAGGAAAUUUGUUAAGUAUAGAAAAUAAAACAGAAAAUACAUUUGUUUUAAAUGUUCUUAAAAACUACAGAAUGAGUAAAGAUGCAUACUGGAUUGGUUUAACUGAUCGUUGGUAUAACACAUGGUUUGUUUGGUCUGAUAAUACAUACUCACAGUAUGCUCAUUCUAAGAUCAACGGGUUAUUUUAUAAUCAAAAGUUAGAGAAGUGUGUUAGAAUGAAUAAAACAUCUUGGGAAUUAAAGAAUUGUUUAAGUAAAAGUGGAUUUAUUUGUAAAACUAGAAGAGCUAUCAAUGAUAACUGCGCUAAAGGAUGGACAAGUUAUAGAAGACAUUGCUAUUAUAUUCGUAGUUUAAAGGAAUUUGUUGGAUAUGGUUGGUCUGAAUCUUUUUCAUCAUGUCAAUCUAAAGGAGGGAAUUUGCUAAGUAUAGAAAAUCAAGAAGAAAAUCGAUUCAUUCAAAACAGUUUAAUCAAAGAUAAUAGUGAUUAUUGGAUUGGCCUAUAUAGACUUUGGAAUUACAGAAGGUUUGUGUGGUCUGAUAAUACAUACACACAGUUCUUUAAUUGGAUUGAAAAUCAACCGGAUAAUGUUGAUGGUAUUGAGAAUUGUGUAGAAAUGAAUUCCAAUGGCUGGAAUGACAAAGAAUGCAAUGUUCUAAAUGGGUUUAUUUGUAAAAAUAAAAAAGUUUUUGCAGAUUAUGUUGAUGACAGUGGCAAAUUAAUUUUAAGUCAAGGUUUUCUAUUUGGAACAAUAAAAGUUUUAAAAAAGGUGUACACUAUUUCAUUUAAUUUGAAACCAAUUACUUAUUCUAAGGGUUUGAAAAGUGUUCUUCAGCUUAUCUCAGGUAAUAACAGUGAAUAUAGUGAAAAAAAUCUUGGUGUUUGGUUUCAUGAAGAUGGUUCUGGGAGAUUUGUUAUUAAUGCUACAGUUAGUGGUAAUAGUAAUUACUCUAUUAAAACAGAUCCACUAAUCCUGGGUCAAUGGUCUAACAUAAAAAUAUACCAGUGGCUAUUUUGCAAUAAAUAUUGGUUUGCAAUUGAUAUAAAUGGUGUAAAUAUUCAUCGAGUAGAAAAUUCUUUGGCUACAGAUUUUAAAGAAAUACAUGUUUAUGUUUCAAAACAUAAGGAUGAUGCACAAAACGGAUCUAUAUCUGACUUUUUGAUUAUCAAUGGAAAAGCAAAGUAUCUUAUUGAUCAUUAUAAUACUCCAUUAGUAAAAGGGAAAAUGAUUGCACAAAUACUAAAACUAAAUAAAGAAUAUCUAGUGUCUUUUGACCUAUAUCCAAUGGUAUUUGAGAUUGGACUGCACAACAUUAUUCAUUUUAUGAUUGAAUCUCAUAUGGUUAAUAGAAGUGAAAUUAGAAGUGAAAUUCUAGGUAUUUGGUUGGAUGAAAAUAGAACAGGAAGAAUUAAAAUUAUAGCUUUAAUUAAUGGAAAAAAAAAUUUGUUUUAUUACCCUAUUCAAUUGACUUUGUGGUCAAAUAUUGAGGUUUGUCAAAGUUUCAAUGGCUUUUUUUAUGUAUACACAAUUAGGAUAAAUGGAGAUGUUGUCUUUUCUAUGAUUAAUAAUCAAGCUCAGGAUUUUUAUGAUGUUAAAGUUUAUGUUUCAAAUCCAUGGGACAAAGUUCAAAAUGGUUUAAUAAAAAACUUCUUUAUUGUCAAUGAUAAAAAAGCUGAAUCUCUAGUUAUUCUUGCUAAAGAUUAUGUUAAUCUUAAACAUGAGUUUGCUUUAAAUCAAGGAACAAUUCUUGGAACACUAAGUGUUUUGAAAAAGGAGUUUACAAUUUCGUUUAAUUUGAAGCCAAUGAGUUAUUCUAAGGGUUUAAAAAAUGUUCUUCAUUUAACCUUGUGUAAUAACAGUGAAAUAAAUGGUGACAGAAAUCUAGGUCUGUGGUUUCAUGAAGAUGGUUCUGGUAGUCUUUUUAUUUAUGCUGCAGUUAAUGGUAAUAGUAACUACGCUGUCAAAACAGAUCCACUUACAUUAGGUCAGUGGCAUAAUAUCAGAAUAAGUCAAUGGUUGCUGGGAAAAAAAUAUAUCUUUACUGUUGAUCUGAAUAAUUUUAGUAUUCAUAGAGUAGAAAAUUUUUUGGCUGCAGAUUUUAAAGAUGUUAAAGUUUAUGGUUCUAAUAUAUGGGAUGCUCCACAAAAUGGUUCAAUAUCUGAUCUUCUGAUAAUUAAUGGAAAAGUUGAGUACAUUAUUGGCAACACUAUUACUCCAUUAGUAAAAGGGAAGUUAAUUGCUGAGAUUCCAGUCCUAGAUAAAGAAUACUUUGUUUCACUUGAUUUUAAUGCUAUUAAAUUUGAUUUUGGUUCACACAAUGUUAUUCAUUUCACUAUUGGUUCUGAUCAUUUUAAUUAUGGUGAUAAAACACCAGGAAUCUGGUCAAAUGCGCAAGGUAAUGGUGUUCUUGACAUUGCAUCUUCAAUUAAUGGAUAUGUAGAUGUACAUACUUUUUCAACAAAUGCAUUUGAAGUAAAUUAUUGGUCUAAUAUUGUAAUAUCUCAAGUUUUCAAUGGCUCAUUUUAUAUAUACACAAUCAUUAUAAAUGAAGAUGUUGUUUUUUCUAUUAUAAACCAUCAAGCUAAUAGCUUUGUUAAUGUCAAAGUAUAUGCUUCAAAUCCAUGGUCAGAGGCUCAAAAUGGUUUAAUAAAAAAUUUGUUUGUUAUCAAUGGGAAUUCAACAAAAGAACUGAAGCCUAUUGUUAUCCUUUCUAAAGUUACAGAUUUAUCAACUUCACGUCCUUCUCUUAACAAGACAUUAGUCAUCUCUGCUGCCAUAAUGGUUCCUGUUUUAAUUGUUCUUGUUGCAGUUAUUUUUAUUGUUGCUGUAUUAAAAUUUCGUAAAAAAAAAUCAAAACAAUCAAUAAUGAACCUUAAUCCUUACACUAUUGAGCAUUACAUGGAUUGUCAUGAAUUAUCACCUGAUGAAUGGGAAAUUUUUCCUGAAGAAUUUACUUUAGAUAAAAAAAUUGGGGAAGGGGCAUUUGGUACUGUUUUUGUUGCAAAACUUAGUUCUUCUGUUCUUUCAAAAAGAAAGAAAAUGAAAUUGAACUCUAACUUUACAGAAAACAUUUCCCAAGUUGCUGUGAAACUUGUAAAAGACUCUGCUGAUCCGUCAGAACUUAAAGAUUUUGCUGAAGAAAUGAAUCUGAUGAAAGAAAUUAGAUACCAUAAAAAUAUUGUAAAUUUGAUUGGCUGCUCAACAAUUAAGAAACCCUUAAGCCUAAUUGUUGAGUAUAUGGAACAUGGAGAUUUAUUAAACUACCUAAGAAAAAGGCGAACUAAUUUUUGUGCUUCAACGAUUGAUAGAAAAUUGUCUGUAAACUUUAUUUAUACACAAGGAUAUCAACUAUGUCUGAAGGCAAACAACAAAACAACGACAAAAAUGGGUAAUGUUUAUUUGGGGGUUAAGCCGAAUGAUAUUCCGUUAGAAGAAAGUGAGGUAAUAACACCUGACGAUUUGCUUAGUUUUGCAUGGCAAGUGGCAUCAGGAAUGGAAUUUCUUUCGUGUUCUAAAUUAGUUCAUCGAGAUCUGGCUGCAAGAAAUAUUUUGGUCGGAGCAGGAAAAAAAGUAAAAAUAUCUGACUUUGGUCUAACUCGAAAAAUCAAUGAUGAAUUGAACUACAUGAGCAAGAAAAAGCGUCGUUUACCGGUCAAGUGGAUGUCUGUUGAAGCCAUAUUUGAUCAGCUGUUUACCUCAUUUAGCGAUGUGUGGGCGUAUGGUGUUGUUUUGUUUGAAAUUGUAACUUUAGGAGGUACGCCUUAUCCUACUAUAAGUAACCGUGAACUUCUGCCUCUUUUGAAAUCUGGUUAUCGAAUGGAUAAACCUGAAAACUGUUCUGAAAAAAUGUAUGAUAUUAUGUUGCAGUGUUGGAAUGAGGAUCCAUUACAACGGCCAUCUUUUACAAAACUACGUGAAUAUUUUGAUGAUGUAAUGUCUCAAGGUAAUUGUUAUCUCAAUUUUGAAAUCGACCAAAAUACCGCACCAUCAUUUUCGUCGUACGAAACAGAUAAUGAUGAUGAUAAUACAAAAGAUGACAGCGUCUUUUUAAAGCCUGUACACGUCAAGUCAAUCGAAGAAUUAAAAAAACUUCGCGAUAAAUCCAUUACUCCAUUGAAGGAUAGAUAUACGAGUUUCGUAUAAGAACCUCUCCACCAAGUCAAACAGGUUUUUAAUGAUCAAAAUUUAGAUUCUCAAUUUUCCUUAAUAACUUUUAAACAUGCGUUUAUUGUUAAGGUAAACUAAUUAUGUGCUUGUUUUUAAAAUGCGUAGCUAUGCAAUUUUUUUGAGAAAAAAAUAGAAGGCGGUUUCUACCUUUAUAUUUCAUCACAAAAACA